CGGGCCCCCAGGCGGGGCGACAGGCAUCGGGCCCCCAGGCAGGGCGACAGGCUCGGGCCCCCAGGCGGAGCGGCGGGCGCCGGACCCCCAGGCGGAGCGGCAGGUCUCGGGCCCCCAGGCGGAGCGGCGGGCGCCGGACCCCCAGGCGGAGCGACAGGUCUCAGGCCCCCAGGCGGAGCGGCGGGCGCCGGACCCCCAGGCGGAGCGACAGGUCUCGGGCCCCCAGGCGGAGCGGCGGGCGCCGGACCCCCAGGCGGAGCGACAGGUCUCGGGCCCCCAGGCGGAGCGGCGGGCGCCGGACCCCCAGGGGGAGCG